AUGACAGAACCUAAUCCUGUAUUAUGCGUCAAUGAGGAUAUAGCCUCAACAAACAACACCGAGCAGCAAGAAACAACAACACCAACACCAACAACAACAGUUACAAACGAUGAAUCUAAUCAAGAAGCAAUUGUUGCACCAGCCGAAGAAACUACUAAUGAAAAUGUUACUGAUGAAAAUAAAACGGAUGAAAAUAAAACGGAUGAAAAUAAAACUGAUGAGAAUAAGACUGAUGAAAAUAAGACUGAAGAAAAAAAACAAAUUCUAGAAACCUCAUCUAAUAUAAAUACAAAAGAAACAGAGUCUCAGUCUAAAGAACCAUCAAGUGAAAGACAAUUUCAAGAUGCUGAAAAGACAAUAGAAGAGGACGAAGACGUCUAUGAUGAUAAUGAUUCCGAAUAUGAAGAUGUCGACGAUGAAGGAGAAGAAGAAGAAAUUGAUGAGAAAAAUCCUUUACAGGUUUCAAAUAAAACACCAAAUCAAAGCGGCAAUGAAGAAGAUGAGGAACGUAUUAAUAUAAAACCUCGUCGUUUACCUAAAAAACAUGAUGAAAAUGAACACUCAGAAGGUUAUGAAGAUGAUGAUAAUCAAAAUAUACCAAAUAAUAAAGCGAAAUCAACUCGACGAACAGAAAAGAAAUCGGAAAAAAAUCUGGAACCACUUGAUGACGAUAAUGAUGCUCGAAAUCCAGCUUAUAUUCCACGUAAAGGGAAAUUUUAUGAACAUGAUGAUCGAACAAAUGAUGAACCAGAACAAGGAAAGCAAGAACCAGCAAGAAAUCGAAAUCGUCUCUAUAGAGAUUCAGAUGCUAAAUGGCAACAUGAUUUAUAUUAUGAUAAUGAAGAUGAAUCAAACACUCGUCAGUCAAAUUAUAGAGGACAAAGACGUGGUCAUUUCAGACGUGGUGGUGGCGGUGGUGGUGAUGAUCGAAAUCAAUUACAUUUAAAUGAUUAUAUUCCUCCAGCUCAAAGAGGACGAGGUGGUGGUUAUCGUCACCAACAAUAUUAUGAUGAAGGAAAUGAUUAUCGUCGACGAGCUCCACCAUAUGCUAAAUCACGCAAUGAUCGAAUGAAUAAUUUUGAAUUUGAAGAUUAUAAUCGUCCAUCGUCAUAUAGUAAUAAUCGUGGUCGUGGUAAUCGAAAUAAUUAUGUUGAACAGCAGGCACCACCUCGUAGACAAAGACGUGAUUUUGAACAAUAUCAAACUGAAGAACAUUCUAUACCACCACGUCAUAAUCAACAACAUGCAACAAUGGAACAAGCAUUUCAUCGUGAAAGAAAUUUUACUAAUACUCAAUUUCAACAACAACGUAAUGUACCAAAAAAUAAUAAUAAUCGUGAUGAUCAAAAACGAUCAACUGGACAAACGCAUGAGGUAAAUCAAGAUGAUAAUAAAAAUAAAAAUCGUAAUCAACGUCGAGAGAAUAAUGAACCACCAAGACGUCAAAUAAAAAAUAAUCGAAAUCAACAACAACAGCAACAACAACAGAAUGAACCUAGUGCUACGAAUUCAAAUCUCUCUGCUGAAGCGCCAAGUUUUGAACGUCCUAAACGUUAUUCAAAUAUGCGUAGUAAUGCUUCAAAUUCUGGCCAACAACAACAGCAACCACCACCGGUUCAACAACCUCAAAUACCAAUACAAUCCUAUCAAGAUCAACGUACUGGUUAUUAUGAUCAAACUCAUUGGCAGCAAGGACCACCACCUCCAACUACAUAUAUUCAACAACAACAGCAAAUGAUACCAACACAAAUGUAUCAUCCGCAGCAACCAAUCCCACCUCAAACUUUCUAUGUUCCUCCACAAUAUCAAGCAGCUGCACAAUAUGUUCCUAUAAAUUAUCCACAAGGAUCUAUACCUCCACAACAAUUGUUCGAUUUACAAUUUUCAUUAUACUUCAUAUUAAAAAAAAUUAUGCCGUUAAUCUUAGGAGGAGUUUUAUUUAAAAAAAUAGUUGGAGGUGAACAUCAACGUCGUUUAUUAAAAUAUUUACUCGAUGAAAAUAAUCAUAAUCCACUUGAAAGACCUGUUUAUAAUGAUUCUCAUAGUUUAACUGUAACAAUGAAUAUGGCUUUACAACAAAUAAUUGAUUUUGAUGAAAAAAAUGAAAUUCUUGCUGUUAGUGGUUGGAUAGUUCUUGCAUGGCAUGAUUAUAGUUUACAAUGGAAACCAGAAGAAUUUGGAAAUAUUCAAACUAUUCGUAUACCUAGUACACGUGUUUGGACACCAGAUAUUCUUCUUUAUAAUAGUGCUGAUCUCAAUUUUGAAGGUAUAAUGAAAACGAAUUUAAUUGUACAAUCAAAUGGUAGUAUAUUUUUUGUCCCACCGGCGAUAUUUAAAUCAAUUUGUCCAUUUAAUAUUGCUUCAUUUCCAUUUGUAAGUAUUAAUCUAACAACUGAUCAUAGUGAAGGUCAGUUAGAUGCAUAUGUCCAAAGUGGUGAAUGGGAUUUAGAGGCUUUUAUUGUUGUACGAAAAGCAGUUGUUUACGAAUGUUGUCCAACAGUAUAUCCAUUUGUUUUAUUUACAAUUCGAAUUCGUCGACGUACUCUUUAUUAUGUUGUUAAUGUAGUUGUUCCAUGUGUUGUGAUUAGCUUUAUGACUGUACUUGGAUUUCUUUUACCACCAGAUAGUGGUGAAAAAUUAACUCUACAAAUUACAAUUCUUCUUUCAAUUGUUAUGUUUAGUUUAUUAAUCGCAGGAAUUAUACCAGCUAGUUCAACGGCUUUACCAACUAUUGUAAUGUAUUUUACAACAGUUAUGUGUAUGUGUUCAAUGUCCGUUGUUGCUACUGUUGUUGUACUUGUUCUUCAUCAUAGAAAUGCAAAAAAUCAUACAAUGCCAAUGUGGAUUUAUGUAUAUGUCAAUCAAUAUUUAGCAUGGUUAUUAUGUAUGAAACGUCCAGGACAUGAUUUAAGUUGGAAAGCAAUUCGUCGUCGACGUUCUCGUCAAAAUAAUCCUAUUCAUAGUUAUAAAUAUCCUCCGUCACCAUUAUUAGAAAAUUCAUCAAAAUCAUUAUUAGCCAAUAUAACAAAUAUUGAUAAACAAUCAUAUCAAAAAUCAAAUAAUCAAUUAUUAAUACCAGUAAUGAAUCAUGUAGAAAAUUCUUCUUAUAAUCAUGAUACAAAUGAUGUAUUACUACCUUCUGAUAUAAAUAUUUAUCGUUCUGAUCUUCGUAUGAUAAUGUAUGAACUUAAAUUUCUUGGAGAUUAUAUACGAAAAGAAGAAGUAGAUGAUGAUGUAUCACAAGAUUGGAAAUUUUCAGCAAUGGUUAUUGAUCGUUUAUGCCUUGUUUUAUUUUCUAUAAUGACAACAAUCUUUAGUUACGUCACACUUUUUUCUGCACCAAAUUUUUUUAAACUUCGAUAA